GUUCUAUACCAUACCUAGAGAACCUGUAGUUUUCAUCAGACUCUCAGAGUUCUCGUUCUACCCUGAGAACUUGCAGUUCUAAUUUGUACCUUGAGAACCCUUACUUUAAGAACUAUCCGGAGAAGGUCAUGGCGACCGUAACGAAAACUAGCACAACGCUCAGGCUUUCCAGGGUUGAAACUAUCCAGUCCCUUCUCCAGGGUUUAGAGACCAAUCCUCUUCCUCCAAGACGAUCCAGGGAUCCAAAACUUCCUCAUGCUCCUGUCCGCGUACAUAAUCUUAGUGCUGGUGAAUGCCGGCUGGCAGUUGAGAAUGCUCUUCGGUACUUUCCUCCCAGUACACAUGCUGAACUUGCAGAGGAGUUUGCUCAGGAGCUUAGAGAAUACGGACAUAUAUACAUGUACAGGUUUAUGCCUGUUGAACCUCUAUAUGCUAUACCAACUGAUCAAAUACCUGCAAGAUCCCACCAAUCUGCUGCGAUCAUCCAUAUGCUGCUCAACAACUUAGAUCCAAGUGUUGCUCAGUUUCCUCAGGAGCUGGUAACCUAUGGGGGUAAUGGUCAGGUGCUGGCAAACUGGGGACAGUUUAGGAUAGUUCUUCAUUACCUGGCGAAUAUGACAGAUGAUCAAACCUUGGUGAUGUACUCCGGUCACCCAAUGGGACUGUUCCCUAGUUCUCCCUCCUCCCCCCGGGCAAUUAUAACCAAUGGUAUGAUGAUACCCAACUACUCUACCAGGCAGGAUUAUGACCGGGCAUUCGCGCUCGGUGUCACUAUGUACGGGCAGAUGACCGCUGGCAGUUACUGUUAUAUUGGACCUCAGGGAAUUGUACACGGAACCACAUUGACCGUCCUUAACGCUGGAAGACUGAAGCUUGGCACUAAUGACCUCUCAGGUCGCGUAUUUGUAACCUCCGGUCUCGGAGGAAUGUCAGGAGCUCAGGCUAAGGCUGCUGUUAUCUGUGGAUGUGUUGGAGUUAUUGCUGAAGUAAGCUAUGAAGCUUUGAAGAAAAGGUAUGACCAAGGUUGGUUGGUUGAAAUGGUAAACAACAUUCCGGAUUUACUAGCUGCAGUAAAAGCUGCAAGAAAGGCGAAGAAAGCAACAAGUAUUGGAUUCCAUGGAAAUAUAGUUUCUGUUUGGGAGAUGUUUGUAGAUGAACUGGAGAAUACUGGAGAACUACUUGUAGAACUUGGUUCAGAUCAAACAUCUUGCCAUAAUCCAUAUAAUGGGGGAUACUAUCCUAUAAACUAUGGUUAUGAGGAAUCUCUGGAACUAUUGAAUAAAGAUCCAGAACUGUUUAAAGAAAAGGUUCAGGAAACCCUCAGAAGACAUGUUACUGCUGUCAAUAAGUUGGCGGAUGCUGGGAUGUAUUUCUUUGAUUAUGGAAAUGCAUUCUUACUGGAGGCCCGGCGGUCCGGGGCAGAUGUCGGGAAACCAGGGGCGGAGAGCUCCACUGAUGCAACCUUCAGGUAUCCGAGUUAUGUUCAAGACAUAAUGGGAGAUAUAUUUUCUCUUGGUUUUGGUCCUUUCCGCUGGGUUUGCACGUCAGGAGAUCCGAAAGAUCUUGAAACCACUGAUACGCUGGCAGCAGAGGUUCUACAGCAGAUUGUAGAUUCUGGAAUUCCUAAAGAAAUUGAACAGCAAUAUCAGGAUAAUUUGAAAUGGAUAAGAGAGGCUGGUCGUCAUAAGAUGGUGGUUGGAUCCCAGGCCAGAAUCUUGUAUUCGGAUCAGAAGGGUCGAGCAGCCCUGGCGCUUAGGUUUAAUAAAGCAAUCAGUGAGGGGGAUAUCAAGGGAACUAUUGUUAUCAGUAGAGAUCAUCAUGAUGUUAGUGGAACAGACAGUCCGUUUCGUGAAACCUCCAACGUAUAUGAUGGUUCUGCAAUAACAGCUGAUAUGGCAGUUCAGAACUGUAUUGGAGAUGCUUUCCGUGGAGCUACUUGGGUAGCUCUGCAUAAUGGAGGAGGGGUUGGCUGGGGGGAGGUUAUUAACGGAGGAUUUGGUUUGGUUCUUGAUGGCUCUGAAGACGCAGAGAGGUGCGCUUACAAGAUGCUCAACUGGGAUGUAAGCAAUGGUGUUGCGCGUCGAGCCUGGAGUGGCAAUUCUAACGCGCAGAACACCAUUAAGCGCGCCAUGGAGGAGGACGGCAAGCUUAAGGUCACCUUGGCGAACAGGGUGGAGAAAAGAUCAAUCAUAGACAACUUGAAAUUCAACUAAAUAUGUAGAUUCACAUUUUAAUAUAAGACAAACUAAUUACUGAUAAAUAUACAGUAAAACUGCGGAAUAGGAAGACGACAUUAAAGGAAUAAUUAAUUGUAUCUGAUGUUGUUACAAAUCAAAUAGUUCUAAUGGUAACUUAUUAAAUUUCUUAUAAAAGCUAAAGCGGUCUGAUUACACUGUAUGCUGUGUCUCAAUGUCAGUUUAAAGUCAUAAAUUGAGUCUAAAAGUCGUUCUUAUAUUUCAAAGUUAUCUGGUUCUGACUGUAUAUUCGAACAAUAAAUAUACUAAUUUUU